AUGUAUCUCCUUACAAUCCAUUCUCCACUUUCUCUCUUCCUCCUUGCACUUCUCCUGAACACCCCCCCUGCAAGCUCAUCCCCCGACACUUCCGAGGCCUCGUCUUCCUCCCCCUGCAGCCUCUCCAAGAUCAAUCUCACCUCCUCUCCUGUCUCGGCGGGUUCCUGUCAGUGUGCAAGCUCAGCCGCUCUGACGGCAACAGUCAGCUUGUCAGAUAGAGAGUGGGCGAUACGUUGGUCGAGCAGGGAACAAACGGCCCCAGCUGGAUCUCUGCUGGUGACGGUUGACCUGGAAGACUCUACGAGGGGCCAUACGAUGUUGUUGCAGGUUCAGAUGCGGCAUGCGCUCAGGGUUGUAGCCAUGAAGGAGUUUCUGAUAGCGCCUGGCAUGCUGUCCCAUUUUCCCGGAUGCUUCUCCUUCUCCUACGACGACGCUCCUCCCGGCUCCUACUCCCUCCUCCUCGUCCUCCACAAAGUCGACCCGUCAUUGCAGCUCACGGUGGUCGCAUCGGAAGACCACUACGUGCUCGUCGAGGAUCUGUCAGGGCCAAGAGCAGCGGUGGAGCAGGCGGUCAUGGACGGAAGGGACAUGACAGUCAACGUCCGCCUGACGGGCGUCGCUCGACGACAGCUGCUGCUGCUAGUCGUUGCGAUCGAGGUCAGCAGCCUCUGGCACCAUCAGCAAAUCAUGGUCGUGGACGCUGAGGAGGAGGAGCGCGUGGAGCCCGUGCGGGUGUCAGGAAUUGCAGGGAGCGACUUCCUCCUCUCCAUCGUCCUCUCGGAGCGUCUCAACCAAUCUUCUAUCCUCCCCAUCAUGAACGUCAGCAGGUCUCUCAGCCUCGCCGCCUGCAACCCGAGUUGUCUCCUCAACGACGGCAACAGCACGCCAGCACCUGUGAGCAUGCUCAGACUUUCGGCAAGGGGAUCCGGCAAGACAGCACAGCCUGCUAACGAAGAGCUUGUCGUUGCUGGUGCAGAGCACAGCACUGCCAAGAUUGACCUCGUCACAGUCCCAGAGCUCCCGGUCGCCGGAUUGCAGGUGCAAGUCUCCGCUGCUGCUCUUGGGCUGAGGGGCGGCCAGCGGUAUAGGCUCAGCCUGUCUGCCGUGAUGGUGGCGACGGGCAGAGUUGUCUUCCAAGUCAGCAGCUUCAUCAAACAGUCGGCUGCUCCAGCUGCACUCGAGCACCUGGUCCCCUCGUGCGGGCUGGGUGAGGUGGAGAUCAGAGCAGUGCUGCAUGCCGUCAGGACGGAAGAGCAGGGGGGAGGGGAGCAGAAAAUUCUCCAAGUCGCCCGACGAUUCGUCGCCAUGGGAGCGUGUCAAGUCAACUACCUCUGGAGCUCGUCGGGUCAACCGAUCUUCGACGGCCCGCUGGAGUACCGGGCGUCGCCCUUCCACCAUCCUGUCAAUCUCACCCAGCAGCACCUGGGGAAAGCAGGCGCUCUUGAUGUGACGUUGACCACGACCGCAACGUUGGACCGGCUCGUCACGCUGAUCAGCACAGCUGCGCACUGGGGGGAUAACAUGGCGGUCGCCAUGUACGCGCGCAGCGCUGUGGAGCAGGGAGAGAUCAGAAGGUUCGUGAUGGAGAUUUUGGGCCCUUGGUUUGCGACGAGGGGCAAGACGCUGGAGGUAGUUUUGCUAUCUGCCUGCCCCGACCCCUUGAACACAGGGAAUGACCUUGUGUUCCCCAUCAACAUGCUGAGAAAGAUCUGCUGUGCCAUAGCCAAGACAGAGCUGAUCCUGUUCACCGAUGUCGACAUGCAGCCGUCGGACGGCCUUGCCGCAAGCAUCCAGCUGGCAUAUAGCAGGGGGCAGCUCGGCCCCAUGGACCUCCUGGUGUUGCCGGCGUUCAGGUCGAACGAACUCUGGCCCCUUGACGUGGAGGUUGACGUGAACGAGGGAAACUUGUCCGUCAACACCUUCAGCAUCUUGUUCAGGGACCUUCGGCAGCACUUCGCCACCUGCAGCGUCUACGUCCCUGGGAUAGACUGCAGGGGGACAACCAGCUGGUCUGGAGCUGGGGUCUUCCACAUGCCCACAGACUACGACCGCUGGCUCGAUGCCGAGGACUUGUACGAGGCGAGCUACUUGCUGGGCUACGAGCCUUACGUGGUGCUGAACCGAAGCUCGUGGCUCGGACGGCACGGGGCGGGCGUCUACGACGAUCGUUACGUGUUCUGGGGCUGGGACAAGGCUUCCAUGACGGCGGAGGCCGCUUACCUUGGGUAUUCCUUCAUGGUUCUGCCCAAGGGCUUCUUCGUGCACGCCUCAGAUGCGCUGUUCAACGUCGAGCACGUCAUCGCUGCCCAACUGGACAUCAGCCUGCCCGAGAAGUCCGGGACAGGGUCGGGCUGGGGCCCACCAGACACGGUCGGCCGCAGACUCCUGCAGGACACGAUGCUGUAUGAGUACACGAGGCCGCAGGAGAAGGCAGCACACAGGUCCUGCGUCCUCAAGGCCUUCGAAGACAAGGCGUGCCAGCCGGAGAGCAUCAGGAUGGAGGUGAGCACGAAGCUAGAGGUGGUGAGAGCUGGCUACCAGCUGGGGGUCCAGCUGCACAACCUUGCGAGGGCCUCGAGCUUCCAGCUGACGGCGUUCGUCAAGGGGAAGGCAGAGGGGUCAGACAACCCCGCCUUCUACCGCAUCGUCCCCGCCGACCUGACUGGGGACGUGCAUGAGGUGAAGUUGUUGCUGGGCAAGCUCGAGUCGGGCAGGCACGAGGUGGACGUGGAGCUGUUUGACCUGCACGCGGCUAAGCUGAUGCCAGUGGAGAUUGCGAGACUGGCGUACCAAGAAGUGAUGCUGUUUGUAUGA